AUAACAUCAGGAGAGAAACCUUACAGUUACACAUUCUGCAAGCGGACAUUUACAGUGAAAUCGACCCUAGAUUACCAUGUGAAUACCCAUUAUAAGAGACCGAAGAAGUUCAUGUGCCAUGUCUAUGGGUCAACAUUCUCCGCUAAGGGAAGCCUCAGGGUGCAUAUGAGACUGCAUACAGGUUGA